GUGGAGGCGCGAAACCUCGGUUACGCGACCCGCAGAUAACAAGGCGAUUGUUCGUGCUCGCGGCCGAGUGCGAACUCGGCUUGUUUGUGUGGCCGCCCUUCGCUGCGCCGAGGCCGAGCUCGAGGCAGACUCUGCAGGCGCAGGAUGGACUCCGGCAUCGAUUCGACGGAGAGCAGCAACGGCAGCCUGGAGGAGGGCGGCGUCGCGGCGGCGGACGUGGCCAUGGAGGGCGAGGCCGCCGCCAGCGAGGAGGCGAGCGCUGGCGAGGCCGCGUCCUCUUGCAGCGAUCCUGGCCUCCCGCAGCCGCAGGCGACGAGGGAGGCCGCACCCGCCGCCCUCGGGACGCAGGCCGCCGCGCCUUCCAACCUCAGGACCCUGGCCGCGGCCGCCGUGAGCUCGGCCACGCCAGAGGCCGUGGAGAAGCACAGCGGGGGCGAGAAAGCCCCGCGGGACAGCAGCGCUCUGUUCAAAGUGCCCAAGGCAGAGUUUCCCGAAGGCAGUCGGCUAAAACUCCAUUUCCCCCUUUACGAGAGCGGCAACGGUGUACAAGACGGGGAAGUAACAUCUUGCGAAUUGGAGCCUCCGUCUGGUUUAACAUUCGCCAAUGUCUCGCCUUCCAUGUGCUUGAGUCGUGGAUAUGAAGCCUAUUCUCAAGGAUAUGCAGUGCUUCCAUAUGAAAAUAACACCCUCCAGAAAAAAUUGAAAAACCUUCGAUUAAGAAUGAGACAACAGCAUUAUCAGAUACUGUCCAAUAAAGCAAAAGAGAGAAAACUUCGAAUUGCUGCAAGCUUGAAUAAUGUCGAAACUGUAGAGCAGCUUUUAAGGGAAGGAGUCAACCCGAAAGUUACAGAUGACAAGGAGAGAUCAGCUUUGCACAUUGCAGCCUCCAAAGGUUACACAGACAUUGCAAAACUGCUUCUACAGCAUGGUGCCGAUCCAAAUCAGCGUGAUGGUGUAGGAAACACCCCACUUCACCUGGCUGCUUGCACAUCACAUAUCCCUACUGUGACCCUACUUCUGAAAGCAGGCACGGAUGUUAGACAGCCAGAUAACCAGGGCUAUUCGCCACUCCAUCUUGCCCGCUCAAAACUCAAACUACUACAGAGAGACAGCAAUUCUUCCUCACAAGAAAUAAAAAAGCAAGUGUAUCAGGUUAUUGAAAUGAUGCAGACCUACUUAGAAUGCUCAGGGAAUGCAGAGGAGGCUGAGUUGCUCACAUCGUUCACCAGCCAGCUGUCUCUCUCGGACUCGCGCCAGCAGGUGGAAAGUGACCUUCAGGCUCUCCUGAACUCCCUGACGGACCUGAGUCUCGUCAAAUCCAAAGUGGCUUGAAAAGCUCAACAAGUUGCUCAUCUUCAUUUAUGGAUAAGGAUUUAAAAGGUUGACUUAGUGUGUUGAAGCCAUAAAAGAUAAUACGAAAAUAUGCUGACUGACGAGGAAAGGUGGACAUGCACUAACAUGCACAAAUUGUGUAACUGCAUAAGUGGGAUUUGACUGUUAAUGUUUAAGCUUUUGAAUUGUUUUAGGACUCAUAAAUGCAUAUAUAUAUAUAUUUUUUGUAUGUGUUAUAAUUAUGCAUUUUUUUUUUUUUCAAUUAUUAUUCCAUGUAUAUGUUGGAUACCCUAAAGUCUUGAAAAGUGAGGAAGUUUCAGAGGGUUACUUAUGCAAGAGUGAGUGAUUGAGUGAUUGAGUGAUUGAGUGAUUGAGUGUGAGAGUGUGAGAGUGUGAGAGUGUGAGAGUGUGAGAGUGUGAGAGUGUGAGAGUGUGAGAGUGAGAGUGUGAGUGUGAG